AUGCCUCAUUCUACACCGUCAACCCCGGCCGCGACGAUCUCUUCGCUGGAUGAGAAAUUGACCGACGCCGACGCGGCCGCUCCGGCUUCUUUUCUCCAAGAGCACGAUCUCACGGCCGAUAGUCUGCCUUAUUGGCUGGUGAACGUACCCCGGUCGCAAUGGACGGCGGAGUGUCCCAGCUUUCUACGUGAUCAACCACCAAAAAAUAUUCGAUGCCUGUCGACGCCGGACGAACACUACAAACGGCAGAACUGGGAGUUGGUGCAAGAGAUCGUUAGGACGAACCGAAUCGAUCGCUUCCAACGUGUCCCGACUGACCUACGAAAGUACUUGGAAUACACGGCCCAUAUCAAAGCGCAAUAUGGAUCGGUGAUGCGGUUCGUCGUCCAGGAGAGACUGCACUGGGGUGAUGGAGAUACAGACAUGAAGCCACGGGGGCGCCCGUUUGAGUUUGACGAGGACAUUUGCAUCCUGUACAAUGACUGGCCCUACGGCAUCGACACCGACAUCGUCCACCUGGUAGUAUGGACCAAGUUCGAGCUUCCCGAUGACCCGGCCACGGGCGAGUUGACAGGUGAGGCGAGGGAUGCGAUCGAGCAGUACGUGCAGCGCACUUUCUGUUCACGGCUGGCGGCCGAGUCGGUCGUGUGGUUCAAGAACUGGAAGUCACUGAAAUCGGUGCACGCGGUCGAACAUUUCCACGUCAUGCUCCAUCGGCCAGAUUUGGCAUUCGUGGCGGAGAUCACCCGAGGAGACGUGCCACUCAUUGACCGGGUCUAA